AGCAGCAGUAGUAGAAGAAGAAGCAGCAGCAGCAGCAGUAGUAGAAGAAGAAGAAGAAGAAGCAGCAGUAGUAGUAGAAGAAGAAGAAGCAGUAGCAGCAGUAGUAGAAGAAGAAGAAGAAGCAGCAGCAGCAGCAGUAGUAGAAGAAGAAGCAGCAGUAGUAGAAGAAGAAGCAGCAGUAGAAGAAGAAGAAGAAGCAGUAGAAGAAGAAGAAGAAGAAGCAGCAGUAGUAGAAGCAGCAGUAGUAGAAGAAGAAGCAGCAGCAGUAGAAGAAGAAGAAGAAGCAGUAGAAGAAGAAGAAGCAGCAGCAGUAGAAGAAGAAGCAGUAGCAGUAGCAGCAGCAGCAGCAGCAGCGUCUCUCACUAACUGGAGCCAGGUUCACGUGACCUCAGUAGUUUCCAUAACCGUCAUGGACGUCGAGCUGUACCUGCUCGCUGCGGCCGUCCUCGUCGUGCUCAUCGUGUUCGGGUUGAAGGUGCGAAGACGAACACAGCAAAAUGAUGAUGAGGAGGAGGAGGAGGAGCAGCGGAGGAGUGCUACCCGGGCAGCAGGGCCCCCUCAGCGGGCUGCAGAGGAGCGAGGGGCCGGUAUGCCUCGCAGGAGGAGGAACCUGGCCUCGGGGAUAGCCAACAGGCAGCAGAGAGAAGCUGUGGAACAAGAGGAGGAGCGUGUUGAGGAGGAAGAGGAGCAGCAGGACCUCCAGCCAACUGCAAAGGUUGGAGCCAAGAAGCAGAAGAAGAUGGAGGAGAAACAGGCCAAGAAAGCCCAGAGAGAGGCGGAGAUGGAGGAGAGAGAGGAGAGGAAGAGGAUGGAGGAGCUCAGGGAGCAGGAGAGACGUCAUGAGGACGAGAGGGAACGACAGCAGGAGCAGAAACAGGAGGAGGACGAGCUCCGGGCUAAAGAGGAGCAAGAUCGACGGGAGGAGGAGGAGUACUUAAAAAUCAAAGCCUCCUUCAUCAUAGAAGACCAGGGCGAGGAGGAGCAGCUCACUGAGGACCAGUCACGCAACCUGCUGCAGGACUUCAUCCAGCACAUCGAGAGUUCUAAGGUGGUUCUCCUGGAGGACCUGGCUUCUCACUUUGGGUUGAGGACACAGGAUGCUAUUGACAGACUGCAGGACCUGUUAGCCCAAGGCUCCCUCACAGGAGUGAUUGACGACAGAGGAAAGUUCAUCUCCAUCACUCCAGAGGAGCUGGACUCAGUGGCUCACUUCAUGAGGCAGAGAGGCCGAGUGUCCAUCACAGAACUGGCUCAGGCCAGUAACUCUCUGAUCAACCUGAUGCCCGAGGGCCUCGGCACCGCCUGAUGGACCCCCUUCUGCUGCAGGAUCCCUGGACCCCCUUCUGCUGCAGGAUCCCUGGACCAGUCUGCAUGAGACUGUUCCUCUGCUCCUGGUGUUCUUUCUACUGACAUCAGGGACCAGGAGCCUUCAUUACUUGUAAUGUCUGACGUCACAUAAAUCUGGACGUGUUAGAGCCACCUACAGAUGUUAAGUAUCAUACAGUAAACUGAUUUAGUAUGACUUAUUGUUUACUGUGACAUUAAAGAUGUUAAAUGCUG